AUGGUCUCUCUCAUCAAGAUGUACGCGAUUCUCAUCGCUUUUCUCUUUUCUCUGUACCUUUACGCUGCUUUCCCCGCGGUAGAGGCCGCAAUUGCGGGCAUCGACGAUGCCAUAAUGACCACCAUCACCCCCGCCAUCACCUCCACCAAUGCCGUUCUGGCCCUCUCUCCUGGCCGCCGUUCAGAGGUCUAUUAUGACCCUCCCCUGCCACUGUCCAACAGCACUGAUAGCAAGGACGACGACGGCGAUCACGACACCAUGCCAGAGUGGUCCAUCUGGACGACCGGCUGUAUGGUGACGAUUUUCAUUCUGGGCAUCAUUUGGUGGGUCGCCAGUAAGCGCUGGCCCGCCAUCCGGCCAGACUUCAACUGGCGGACCAUCAUCGCGGGCUUGCGGAAUGCCCUGCACAAGCGCCGACGACCUGAGCCUGCUGUCGAACUCGACUGGCUCGGGGGGGGAAGUACCAACAGUUCCUCCCCCGGCCUACAUCGCCAGAGAGAGAUGAGUGAAGAAAUCUGA